AUGGCUACAUUCCGAGGGAACAAUCCUCGUAGCUGGAAAGAUAUCGCCGACGACUUGUCGUCGCUCAAUGCAGCACUCCCUGGCCUCGUGGCUGCUAGUUUGCUCAACAACGCUGCACAUCGGACUUGCCUCGUACGGAUUACUCGACUCGGCGAGCACACCGCUGCCCUUUUAGAGAAAUGGGGUUCCCAAACAGGUGGUUCUAGCUAUGUUACGAGACUAGACCCAAGAGGUUGGGACGCUUUCGAGACAGCUGAGAAGAACAUUGCCAGUAUGCGGGAGCAGGUCGUGUUUAUCUCUACGCUGGUUCAAAACGAUCGACUGAACGCCAUCGAGGACAAGCUUGACACUCUGUUAGGGAGGGAUACCAUGCUCCUAGAGCUUGAUGCAAGACUCCGCUUACUGCAAGCCUCGCUAGAUAGAGGCGGGGGCCGUGAAGCCCUCAAUCUCAGCACUGAGUCUCUGAUAUCUCCAACCAGACAUAGACCUCUAUUGCGUCGUCGACGAAGCAGCGAAGAUCUAGCAAGGUCAAUAUCGCCCUUGAUAAGUGAAGCUGAAAGUGAACCAGUGAUCUCUACCUUCGACAAGCUCAAAGGCGCUACCACAGUCAGCAAACUGAAAAGAAGUCAUGCAACACCAAGCUGGGAGUAUCAAACGAGAGAUCUGCCGAUUCGUCGAGCGUCAAGUCGCAGUUCUUCUGGCUCGGCUCUUGCUGGUAACACCAGACUCCUAUCUACAGUUGAGGACACAAUCCAGAGACUGAUCCUACCCGAGCUUAAUGCUAUCAAGUCAGAGAAGAAAGGUUCCGAGUCCGAGUACAAGGCAGACGUGGAAUUCAAGGCCAAUAUUCUGCGUUCUGAUGUCCCUACCCUUGCAAUAGCUGUUCAGGACGCCAGGGCUAGCGUCAACGCAGUCAGCUCGAGGUACCUUGAUCUUCAUGACUUGACGGGAGACGAUGUUGAGGUGCUCAAACCAAGGCCACAGCCCGGAAGGUACGGUGAACUCAUGCAGACAGAUAGGGUAAUCGAGUUACAAUGGGCUCCUGUAGGCUCGGCCAAAUGGAUGAAGACAGAAUUCUGCGUGAUCGAUGAGAACACUGACUACGACAUUAUGCUCGGGAGAGGAUUCAUGGACCUGCGUGGCAUGUUUGACGAUACGGAUGUUGGGGUGUAUGCUGCCUUCAAGCUACCUGGCCGUUCGAGAGCCCAGCGAGACCAGAGUACUAUCCAGACUGAACGGAGUCGCCAACGCAACGAGCGGCUGGACGACGAGCUACGGGAGAAAGACCGGCGUGAGAGGAGCAGAGAACGACUAUCUCGCAAAGUCGCUGCGAGGCUCGCUCAAACAGGCAGCGAGCCGGUCUCGAGCCUGUCGGGCACGAUCGGCCAACUCACGCCCAGUACACCCGCCACAAUGGAAUCGACAGGCCAGGCUACACCGGUGUCUGCUGACCCAGGACCGAACGAGCUGCAAUCUAUGCCAGAUGCUAUUGUCGGUCCUGCUUCGAACGCUGGAAGGAGCGACGACUUACCUGAGCUUGCCACCCUGCAACAACAGUUUCGCCAACGUCGAGCCAUGCGGUUGUUAUGA